AUGGCAAGCUCAGCGCCGGCUAGCAUCCUACAAAGCACUAUGGGUGCUACCAGCACUACUCGACAGCUUGCCAAGAAGCUUCUCGGGUCUAGAAAGCAACCUAAGUUCGAUCUUGGCAAGACCCUUGCAGAGUUGCGUGGUUCAAUGAACUCGAACCCAGAGCACGAAUUCAUGUUCUAUGGUUAUGCGCAAACACAUUGGCAGCAUCACAUAUGGUAUGUUUCGAGAGACAACCGCCACAUUGGACAGCUAUGCGCUAGCUUGAUUCAAUCUCGAAACGCAGAAUUGGAAGAGCUGGAUGCGAGCUUUGGGAUGCAUUGCCGUUGGGCUGCCAAGCAUGGGAACAUGAAAGUGCUUGAACUGCUGUUUCAGAAUAGCACUGGGGACAUGAAGACGCAGUACUCUAUACCCACACCACUAAUGUGGGCGAUAGAGUAUCGAGACAAAGACACUGUCGAUGCGCUAGUCAAGGUUGGCGUCGACGUCAAUCAUGGAGCCGCAACCGGAGCGCAACCAACGCCACUUAUCCAAGCGGUGAGAAAAGGAGAAAAGGAAAUCGUGAAGAUGCUUCUGAGCUCUGACAAGCUCAGAGUCAACGCGCAAGACAAGACCGGGUGUACAGCUUUAAUGAUGGCCGUGAAGAAAGGAAACUCGGACAUCGUUGAGCUACUGCUCGACGACGAGAGGACUGAAGUCAACGGAGUACCCACUGGAGAGUGGACGCCCCUAAUGGAAGCAGUAACGGCAGGCUUCACGAGCAUAGUCAAGCUACUGAUUGGCGUUGAUAGGGUCGACGUCAACAUGAAGACCGAGCAUGGACAGUCGGCACUGAUGCUCGCGGCAGUGAAGGGGCUCGAAGACGUUGUCGAAGUGUUGCUCACUAGUGACAAGAUUGAUAUCUCAGCGACAACCAAAUUUGGGGACACAGCCAUGAUGCUUGCGUUAAAGAAGGGGCACGAAGAUUUGUCCCUCUCGUCCGGGUGCGGAGCUUUUGAGGGUUGA